ACGGGGAACGUGACGUCAGAAGUGAUUCUUGCAUCAAAACAUCUGACUCUGAGUUGGCUGACGGAACAAGUUCAAGACCAUUUAUUUCGGUUGUCAUUAAGUUAGAUUAAGUUGCAACAAUGCCUACACCACCAGAAUCAGUGGGGAGGACUUUUAAACAACGGAAAAGCUUCGCCACCAGAAAGGAAGAGGUGGAAGGGAUCCGACUCAAGUUCCCCACCAAGAUACCUGUGAUCGUGGAGAGGUACCACAAGGAGAACCAGCUGCCCGUGCUGGACAAGACCAAGUUCCUCGUACCACAGGAGCUCACCAUGUCACAGUUCGUCACCAUCAUCAGGAACAGGAUGUCCUUGAACGCAAACCAAGCAUUUUAUCUGAUCAUCAACAACAAAAGCAUUUCCAGCAUGUCAUCCACAAUGGCAGAGAUCUACCGCGACGAAAAGGACGAAGAUGGUUUCCUCUACAUGACUUACGCCUCCCAGGAAAUGUUUGGGGGGCCAUUGAAAACAGGGAGAUAACUCUUCACACAACAGGGAGAUAACUCUUGACUAAAAUCAUAAGUGCUGGAAAUUGUGAGGAACAAACAGGUUUCAUGUUACAAAGUCUGCAGUGGAAACAAAACUGUAUAGCCUAUCAGCUGUAGACUUUCUGUGAUAGAGGUCUUUCUGAUGGUGAAACUGUUGUAUUAUCUGACUCUCUCUCUUCCAUAUUUGUUAUCACAUGGUCGUAUUUCAAUGCAGUCCCUCUAUUCCCGUAUUGAUCUCAUCAUUCAAUGACCAACAUCAUCUUCUGUUCUGUCUGUUUUGUGAGAUGUUUUACGUGUAUGUACAUAGGACCAGGUUUAAGGCAAUAUAAGCACGUUAUCUAUGUAGAUAAGAUCUGCACCAUUAGCACCUGCACAUGUUGUAAACUUUGAAAAUGCAUGAAGUGCUAUUACAGAUAAUGUUAAUGUACUUAUAACUUAGAGUCAGCUGUUACUCUUAAUACAAGUCGGUCUAAAGUUUCUGUUUCAGAGUGCUGAAUAACAGCACUUAAGUUAAGAUAUCAAUGUGCUCUAUUCAUCACCUCAAGUUGAGCCAAGAUGUCUCCUAGUUGUAUUUAGGAAUACUUGGGCAAGAAGAGGGACCAAAAUGUUGUUUUUCAAUUAUUUGUGUUUGUUUGGAAGCUUGAAAUAAUAUUAGGAAGUGUUGCAAAAAUAUAAAAAAAUGUAUGUGUAUAAUUUAAUGUAGAAAUCUUUGCAAUAAUCUAUGAAUGUGAUGUUUUGGGUAGCUGUCUGGGGCCUUGUGACUUAAGUGCCUGUAUCGCUGUAGAUGCAGCCAUUAUGCUAUAGUAAUACACUACUGAACUGAUGUCAGGAUUUAUGUAGGAGUUCAAUCUCAGCGCUCUUCGCAGGCAAAUUGGGGAAUAAUCAUUAUUUUGUCAAAAAUUGGGAUUUUUCAAACUCAUUUUCAGAGGUAUAAUUCAAUGCAGUAAUAAUAACACUAAGCAUCAAAUCCUCUUCCACGUUAUGGGUCCCAUUAUCUUGGUGAAAUACCUCUACACAGUCAUAACAUUAGUUAUAACAAUAAUAACAGGAAUUGGGUAGUUUAUCAUUUCAUUUUGGUAUUGACAUUUGCCACAGACUUAAGUCCGAAUACGCAAUAUGUAUUCACCAGUCUCGUGAAACCAAAGCUCUUUACCCUACUUCAUCUGUCCUGAGUCCAACACCUGCGCAAUAAUUAUGUAGCUUGUAUGAGAACAGUUAAGUGAGUUACCUCCCUUUGCAGACAGUUUUACCAGAACGUGUGGAUGUGGAUUGUGAGGGACUAGCCACGUUAUGCUGGUGUCAGGGAUGGUUAUAUUUGUAUAUACACCAGGAAAUCCAGGGUUGGAUAAAUGGGAUGAAGUAUCGAUCUUUAGUUUCUUCUUGUUUUCAUGUGUAUUUUGACAAACAACCCACUGUAUUCCUAAAGGGGAGUUUAUAUUUUCAUUAUUGCUGUGGUAGAAAAUGUGAUAUUGGAGUUCCUUGAUGAAAGAUC